GUGGGGGCAUGUAUAGUGAACCAGGAGAAUAAGAUAGUUGGCAUUGGAUACAAUGGUAUGCCCAAUGGCUGUGAUGAUGACCUGCUACCCUGGUCCCGUUCUGCAGAUGACCGGCUUGACACUAAAUACCCUUAUGUGUGCCAUGCAGAGCUGAAUGCCAUUAUGAACAAGAACAGUGCUGAUGUGAAAGGCUGCACCAUGUAUGUGACUUUGUUCCCCUGCAACGAGUGUGCCAAGCUCAUCAUCCAGGCAGGUAUUAGGGAUGUGGUCUAUCUUUCUGAUAAGUACCAUGACAGUGCGGAGAUGGUAGCUUCCAGAAGGCUGCUCAGCAUGGCAGGCAUACAAGUCAGGCAGUUCAAGCCCAAGAGGACUCAGAUUGUCAUUGAUUUUAAUUCCAUUAACCACCCUGGAAUGCUUAACAGCGCGACCAAGUGAAAACGCAAACGACUCACCUUGGGGACCUGCUGAAUGAGGCGGGGAAGCAGAGGAUGACUGACAUAUUUAAAGGGACUUUGAUGCCUCUUUUCUCUGUCUUCUUGCCCCCUGCUUUGUCCAAAGGAAAACUCAAGGAUACCUUGACUUUGGCAUCUUUUGAUAUUUUGAUUAACCAGAUAUUCAAGAUACUUUAAUUUGAUGCUUCACCCUUUGUGGCUGACUCUGGUGGAGAGUCUUUAAAUGGAGCUUUCACAUUUUUUUCUUUUAAAACUACCUUUGGGUUUAGGAAUUCACAAGUACACUGAACACACUUUCUUGAGUGUUUGAUUUUCUUUUGUGUUCCAUCAGAUCUUCUCAUGGUUUUCAUUCCAGGUGAAAACCUGAAAUAUUUAUUUUUCCUCCUUCAAACAAGGUUUCAGACUAAUACAGAUGCACCUUAAUAUUCAGUUCAUUUGACCUUUCACAUUCACAGUGGAAGCUGCCCAGUAAAUCAGUGAAUACUGGGGGCUGCUCCGUGUCACUGUUGGCCCUUGAGCAUCCGUGUUAGCAGUUUGGUUUUCAGGGGAUACAAGCUGUGUGAACAUUAAUAUUUAAUGAAAACAUUGUAAAGAAUGGCUAGCCUUUCUAAUCAUCCAACCACAAUACAAAGUUGCCUUAUUUUUACACAUAUAUGUUACUGUGUGCAUAUGGGAUUUUUAAUAUAUUCCCUGUAGGGCAUAUAUAGCCUUAGUUUUAAAAAUCAUUUUAGCAUUGUGUUCUGAGAAGUGCUGCUGUCUUCAGAACGUUUCUGUCGAAUGUGAGGGUUAGGAUUUUUAGUUAUGUGCCAGCAGAUUCUUUUCUAAUUAUUAUUCAAAACAGUUUUUAUUUUAGAUUUCCUUCGUUUUACUAAAUGGCUUUUAAAAACAUACUCAUUUAUCACAGUCUUCCAAGAGUACCUGCCAUUAAGUUGAAAACAGUAUUUAUACUUUUGCUGCUGUACUGUCUAAUAUGCUGUUACAGUGAAACAAUAUAAACGCUAGACGUAUAUUCAUAAUUUACUGUUUGUACAUGUGUGAUUUCCAAUAAAUGACUGGAAACCACUUCUCAA